AUGCCCUCAGGCAAAAGCGGAGAGCCAAAACACACCAUUGUCUCUUUAAAAGCUGAAAGACUCAACCUAGUGAAACCUAGGACCCACCCACCACCUCAACUUUUUCCGGAGUCCCGAAACCUCAAUGUUUCUUCCACUCUGCUGCUAAUAGCUGUUGGUGCCCUGGAAACUGUCCAAGGAGACCCUAGUCUCUGUCCUGAGUUCGAGCAGGAGGAACAACGGAGAAACUGCGUCACACCACAGAGGCUGAAUUGGCCCCCGGCGUCCUGCUCCCCGGUAGAGAAUUGGGGUCUGGCCCUGUUUCCCUUUUUAUCCCAGGACAGUACCAAUACCUCAGGGCUUUUCUGCCUUCAGAGCAAGGAGUUUAACAGCUUCCUCUACAAAACAGGGAUACAUGAAAAGUACCUGUCCUGGGAAUGGCCUGCAAAGAGCAGUGACACUGCUGGGAAGUGCUACUGUCCUGGGAAGAGCCCCACACAGCUGAAGUGCUAUUGCCCUGGGCAGAACCCUCUGUGCCGAACAGCAGCUGCUCUGGGACUAGUGGCUGAGCAGCAGAAGUGUCACUGCCCUGGGCACAGCCCUUUGUGGCGAACUGUGGCUGCACAGCUGUACUGCUGUGCUGUGAAUGUGCUGAAUCACUUUUGGUGCCGAUGGAUGUGGCCAGGUCCUGUUAAACUCUGGCAUUUUGGGGUACAGUCUACCUUUGGCUUUUGUGUAACUUCUUUGCUGAUCUGCUCCUUUGCAACCAAAGCAGAGCAGCCACCCUGUGGUGUCUAUUAUGUUCAGGAUUCUGUUCUAGGCACUGGGAAUAUGAAGGUGAAUAAUGAUGAUGUGUACCUCCAAUACACAUUUAAAGAAGAAAAAACUCACCGCUCUAGAAAUGCCUACAUGUUGGUGUAUAGAUUACAGACCCAAGAGAAAUCUUCUCUGACAGUUCAAGUACCAGCUUUUCUUCAAGAGCUGGUAGAUCGGGAUAACUCCAAGUUUGAGGAGUGGUGCAUGAAACUGGCUGAAAUGCGUAAACAAAGUGUGGACAAAGGCAAAGCCAAACACGAAGAGGUGAAGGAACUCUACCAAAGGUUACCUGCUAGAGCUGAGCCGUAUGAAUUUGUCUCACUUGAGUGGCUGCAGAAAUGGUUAGAUGAAUCUACCCCAACAAAGCCCAUUGAUAAUCAUGCCUGCUUGUGUGCCCAUGACAAACUGCAUCCUGACAAAAUCUCCAUCAUGAAGAGAAUUUCUGAAUAUGGAGCAGAUAUUUUCUACAGUCGCUAUGGAGGGGGACCCCAGCUUAAUGGUAAAGCUCUUUGCAAAGACUGUGUGGUAGAGCGCUGUCGUGUAUUGCAGUCGAAGAACCAACUAAAUGAAGAUUAUAAAAUAGUUACAAAUUUGUUGAAAACCACAGUGAAGGGUAAUGAAGGCUUCUGGGUAGGGAAGUAUUCCUUACGAAGUUGGCGACAGCUAGCCCUAGAGCAGUUAGAUGAGCAAGAUAUUGAUACAGACCAAAGUAAUGGGAAAAUGAAUGGUGACAUUAAUAAAGAUGAUUCCAAGGAUGAGAAAAAAGAUGAGGAAGAGGAGUUAAAUUUUAAUGAAGACAUCCUGUGCCCGCACGGUAAUUUAUGUAUAUCAGAAAAUGAGAGACGGCUUGUUUCUAAAGAGGCUUGGGAAAAAGUUAUUCGAUAUCUUCAGGUCUCACAGGAUGAGGUAACGGUAUGAUGGAUUUCUUUUCUGUGUCCCUGGAGAGUGCUUUCCUCAUAUCAUAAGCAUCCUCAUCAGGUUCUCCAUUGCUCGCAGAGUAGU